AUGAGGGCUGCCCUGCUGAGCGCUGCAUGGCUGAUGCAGCUUGGCCUCUCACUGGCCUCUCCGCUGCGCCUGGCCGCACUACCAGAGGAAGAAGACCAAGCACUGGCCGAGGCCUACUUGAAGAAGUUCUUUGGCUAUGAGCCUCGCGCCGGCCGUCAGAAGCGCAGCUGUGGGCCCGACACCUUCCAGGCCAAGUUGAGGCAGAAACGCAGCUGUGGGCCCGACGCCUUCCAGGCCAAGGUGAGGCAGAUGCAGCGCUCCUUCGGCCUGCAGGAGAGCGGCCGGCUGACCGCACAGACUCUGGCUGCCAUGAGGAGACCCCGCUGCGGCCUCUCCGACGCCGAGGAGUUUGGGCCGCUCACGAGGUGGACCAACCGCACCCUGACCUACAGGUUCAGGAUUGAAGGCUCUGUCCCCAAACUGCGUCCCUCCCAUGUCAGAAAAGCCUUUAAGGAAGCCUGGAAACUCUGGACAGAAGUUACCCCACUCAAGUUUCGCCACAGGGCACGGAGGGAGGCAGACAUAAUCGUGUCCUUCAACAGGGGGGAUCACGGGGAUGGCUCAUCGUUCGAUGGGAGAGGUGGGGUCCUAGCGCACGCCUUUCAGCCAGGGAUCGGCAUCGGUGGAGAUGUUCACUUUGAUGCAGAAGAAGACUGGACAGUCAACACCAAAGGCUAUAACCUGUUUGCUGUGGCAGUGCAUGAGUUUGGGCACACAUUAGGUCUGCUCCACUCCCCUGACCCCGGCGCUGUUAUGUACCCAUCGUACAACUUCGUCACCCACACUGAUUUCCAGCUCUCGUUUCAGGAUGUGAAAGAUAUUCAAAAAAUGUACGGAGUUCCUCCAUAUUUGAGCUUAAAGCGACCUCCUCCAAAGACCCCAGAGCGGUGUGAUCCUGACCUGGCCUUCGACGCGGUCAGCAGAAUGCAACAGGAGAUUGUGUUCUUUAAAGACAGAUUUAUGUGGCGAUCUCAUCCCAAUUUUGACGACAUCGGAGUAGCAUUCAUAAAAAGUUUGUGGGCAGAUGUACCGUCACACAUCGACGCCGCAUACGAGGAUGUGGAAGGGAGCGCCAUGCUGUUUUUCAAAGGUAUUAAACGGACAACAGACGUCAUCAACAGAGUUUUCUAUUUGAUAUUGCUUUGUUUGAUGUUUUUUCGUGGCUGAUGUACUGAAUUGGAAAUCUAAGUUUUCUUUUCUUAUUUUAAUCGUUUAGGUUCUCAGUACUGGCAAGUCAGAGGGAUGACCCUGCAAGAAAAUUUCCCCAAGAACAUCUCAGAUUUAGGUCUGCCACCAAGUUUGAAAGCCAUAGAUGCAGCCCUUCACCUCCGGAAGGAGCGACAGACUGUGUUCUUCGCUGGCAGAGAGUGCUGGAGGUAUCCCUAAAAUACUUACACGAUGCUAGGUAGUAGCAGCACAGAUCACCCCUCACUGAAGGACAUGUUUAAUAUAACUCAUUAUUAGAAAAAAACGAAUUUCUGAAUAUCAUGAUUAUUGUAGAACUCCUGUUGGUCCGCUGAUAGAGGGGUUGCUAACCCAACCAACUUCAUGAGUUUAGGAAGGAGCGACCUGCCCCUUCUCCCAUGCCCCACUGAUUUAAAUCAUAGCUACCUUGCUAAACUUUAAAGUGUCCACUAAAUAGAUGAGCGUAAAUGCUGUGUGACAGAUGUACAGUACAUAGACAUACUUUUUUAAUGGAAUAUAUUAAAGGUGUUACUUUAAAUGAUUAAUUUUACUUGCUUAAUUUACCAAUCCAAGUUUUUUGUUUAAAAAAAAAAAGAUAUGAUAAUGAUAGGAGUCAAAUGAUGGAAGGAUAUCCCAAACUCAUCACCCAGGAAUGGCCAGGAAUCAGUGUGCCUGUUGAUGGAGCUGUGUCCUCUGAAGGUGAGCGCAAUAACGUCAUGUUAUUAUGAAAAUAAAAAGC